GUCAGUGUAGACAGUACUGAACUAGGUGCGCCAAUAGUCUGAUUCAGUAUAAGGCAGCUUCCUAUGUCCGUAUGUUUGUAUGAACUGACUCUAGAUUAUAUUAGUAUUGCAUGUUUCAUCUCUUAAGAAGGAAAAAAACACACAAUAAUGCUUCUAAAUCAGAAAUUAUACUACAGUUAAUUAGUCCUUUCCAUUACAGAGGAAAGGAGUCUAUCUCUACAACAGAAGAUGGAAGCUUUUCAUGUCGUUUCAAUGGAUAAGUCAUUGUAAAUGCAACCACAUAUGAAUAUAUAGUCGGACUAUCUGAUCCAGUAGUUUGACUGGCACUCUCCAAGAUCUCAGCUCUUCUACCCUGCUCUUCAGAGCUACCGUAUUGUCUUGGGCUCCCCUGGAAAUGCAGUAAGGAUUCCUAUCACAUCUCAGUUGCCAUGGCAACAGCAGCCUUUCCCAUAAUGAGCUGCAUCAUCUGAACUGAUGUCACAGCAUCAUGCAGCAGGUCAAACAAGGCACCUCCUAGUAUUGCAUCCUACAGAUUGUGCUGUAAACAUCAAAAGAAGAUGGUGUGAGCAAGAGAUGCAGAUUUGGAAAGAAUUAUGGUCUAGAGCACCCAAUCCUAGCCAUGGAAGUCGCACUUUCUCCCAUGAGGCCUCAGGAACUGGAUUCUGUUGCUACGGAUGCAUCCCCCAUGGUCAUCAACAUGACUCCCACCACUGAGCAAGAUAGUGGAGAAGAUGCAAUGAAAGAUAUUGAGUCUGGGCAGCAGUAUGAAAAGCCUCCCCCUCUCCACACAGGAGCUGACUGGAAGAUUGUUCUCCACUUGCCUGAAAUUGAGACAUGGCUCCGGAUGACAUCGGAAAGGGUCAGGGAUCUGACUUACUCCGUGCAGCAGGACUCUGAGAGCAAGCAUGUGGAUGUGCAUUUGGUGCAGCUGAAAGAUAUAUGUGAAGAUAUCUCUGAUCAUGUUGAACAAAUCCAUGCUCUGUUAGAGACUGAAUUUUCCCUGAAGCUUCUGUCCUAUUCGGUCAAUGUGAUUGUUGACAUCCAUACAGUACAGCUUCUUUGGCACCAGCUUCGAGUUUCUGUUCUAGUUCUGAGAGAGAGGAUUCUACAGGGACUGCAGGAUGCUAAUGGGAAUUACACCAGGCAGACUGAUAUUCUACAAGCCUUUUCAGAGGAAACAAAGGAGGUAUGGCAAAUGAAUGACCGUCUUGACUCUUUAACAGAAGUUGAUGACUCAGGACAGUUAACUAUCAAAUGUUCUCAAAAUUACUUAUCAUUGGAUUGUGGAAUCACUGCAUUUGAGCUGUCUGACUACAGUCCUAGUGAGGACUUGCUUGGUGCUCUUGGUGACAUGACCACUGGUCAGGCUAAAGUGAAACCAUUUGAGUCCUGGAACUGCAGUGAAAUGGAAAAAGACUUUCCAGAGCUUAUCAGAAGUGUAGGGUUACUGACAGUAGCAACUGAUUCAAUUGCUUCCAAGUGCAAUGAAGGCAUACAUGCAAAAGAAAUCCUUUUACCUCUGCCAACAGACCAUCAGGAGGAAGGCAAAAGUGGCAAAGUAUCACCAGCUGUAUCCACUGAACUUUCACUCUCUCAUAUUUCAGGAAACUCAUCUCUUUGUAAAGCAUCUUUCACUGAGGAGUCUGUUAUAUCGCUCGACAGUGAGAUUCUUUCUGACUUAGUAAAACAAGAAUUCAAUCCCUUGUCCUCCCAAGGUACAAAAAGCAAGCAACAUCCGCACUGUGAAAACUUAACUCCCAAGAGAUCUAUAAGAGACUGCUUUGAUUACAAUGAGGAUUCUCCCACACAGCCCACCUUGCCUAAAAGAGGUUUGUUUCUAAAAGAAGAUAUAUUUAAAACUGACAUGAUGGUCAAUGAUAUAAAAAAUCAGAUCUCUCUAAUGUUUAAGACAGAAAUAAGUAGGAGCACACCCUCACUCUUAGAUCCACCAGACAGAUCCAAGCUCUGCCUGACUUUACAAACAGCUUACACUAACUGCCCUUCUGCUAUCAGUCAGUCAUGUGGUUGUUUACACAACAUUGAUGAUCAGAAUCUUAAAGACACAAUACAGAAUCAUUUUAAGGAAGACCCCAUGGGUGUGGGUAAGUCUAAUGACAACACUAGAAGAGAGAAGGUGAGGUGCAAGAAGGCACACGACAUUCCUGAGGAGGUGGCGUCAUGUAGGAUAUCUGGAAUCAGAUCAAAUGCAACAGCAACAAAUCGGGUGAAAAAACCAGGGGUCUCUGCUUUGCAAAAUGGAAUAUCUUUCCAUAGCUUGCAGUCCAUGGAAGGAACAGAAAGUGAUUCAGCUUCCACAUCUUCUGAUCCUUGUAAACAACAGGAACAGAAUGGUCAAUACUGCAGUGAACGAGAAAAUUCUGCUUCACCAGCACAUAGCCCAGUGAGUGGCUCUUCAGCUGGUUCAGAAUCUGUUGUAUCCUCAUCCCCAGUUCUUCCAAGAAAUAAGGGCAAAAAGACUCACUCCUCUUCACCAAGCCACAUUAAUACAGAUGGCAAAGUUGUUGAAGCGUGGUAUGGUUCUGAUGAAUACUUAGCACUUCCAUCUCACCUCAAGCAGACUGAAGUACUAGCUUUAAAGUUAGAAAAUCUGACAAAACUACUUCCUCAGAAACCUCAAGGAGAGACCAUUCAAAACAUUGAUGACUGGGAACUUUCAGAAAUGAACUCAGACUCUGAGCUUUACCCAUCAUAUCAGAUUAAAAAGAAGCACAAAAGGUUAGGCAGGGUGUCACCAAGCUCAUCAAGUGAUAUAGUAUCUUCAGUUGGUGACAGCAUUGAAUCUGGCCCCCUUAGUGACAUUCUUUCAGAUGAAGAGCUUUGUACAUCUUCACCUAGUAUUAAAAAAUAUCUAGAAGACAAACUGCAAAGACCAUCAGUGACUCUGUCCUCUGAUAAAAAUGAAAUAUCUACCACAAAUAAAUCAGCUUUAAUUCAGCAGCUGAUGCAAGAUAUACAACAUCAGGAUAAUUAUGAAAUUAUAUGGGAAAAAAUGGAGGGGUUUGUAAGCAAACUGGAUGAAUUCAUUCACUGGUUAAAUGAAGCCAUGGAAACAACAGAGAACUGGACUCCUCCUAAGGCAGAGACAGACAGCCUUAAACUCUACCUGGAAACACACUUGAGUUUUAAGCUGAAUGUAGAUAGCCACUGCGCUUUAAAGGAAGCAGUUGUAGAAGAAGGACGCCAACUUCUUGAUCUUAUAGUAUCUCACAAAUCAGAAGGACUGAAGGACAUGCUGCAGAUGAUUGCAAGUCAAUGGAAGGAACUACAGAGGCAAAUCAAACGACAACACAGCUGGAUUCUUAGGGCUCUGGGUAUCAUCAAAGCGGAGAUACUGGCUACUGAUGUGUCUGCAGAGGAUGAGGAAGGGACUCAGAGCCCCAAGGCAGAGGUUCAGCUAUGCUAUCUGGAAGCACAAAGAGAUGCUGUUGAACAGAUGUCCUUAAAGCUGUACAGCGAGCAGUACAACAGCAGUAGCAAGCGAAAAGAAGAGUUUGCGGAUAUGUCAAAAGUUCACACAGUGGGAAGUAAUGGCCUUUUGGACUUUGAUUCAGAAUAUCAGGAGCUCUGGGAUUGGCUGAUUGACAUGGAAUCCAUAGUGAUAGACAGCCAUGACCUGAUGAUGUCAGAGGAGCAGCAGCUGCAUCUUUACAAGAGGUACAGUGUAGAAAUGUCAAUCAGACACCCCAAAAAGAUGGAACUGCUGACUAAGGUUGAAGCUUUGAAAAGAAGUGGUGUUUUACUACCCAACGAUCUCCUUGAAAAAGUGGAUUCAAUUAAUGAAAAAUGGGAACUGCUUGGGAAAACUCUAGGAGAGAAGAUCCAAGACACAAUGGUGGGGAACAGUGGGUUAGGUCCACGUGACCUGCUUUCGCCUGAAAGCGGCAGCCUGGUAAGGCAGCUGGAGGUCAGGAUCAAAGAGCUGAAAGGGUGGCUGAGAGAUACCGAGCUUUUUAUCUUCAAUUCCUGUCUGAGGCAAGAAAGCGAAGGAACAAUAAAUGCUGAGAAACAACUGCAAUACUUUAAGUCCCUCUGCUGUGAAAUAAAGCAGAGACGCCGAGGUGUAGGCUCAGUAUUGCGUUUGUGCCAACACCUCCUUGACGACCAAGAGACCUGUAAUCUGAAUGCAGAUCACCAGUCUAUGCAGCUGAUAAUCGUAAAUCUUGAAAGAAGGUGGGAAGCCAUUGUCAUGCAAGCUGUCCAGUGGCAAACCAGGCUGCAGAAGAAGUUGGAAACACAUCCAGAAACCCUGAAUGUUAUUGAUCCUGGCUUAAUGGAGCUAAAUGGCACAAGUGAAGAUGCACUAGAAUGGGAUGAAAUGGAUAUAAGUAAUAAGUUAAUUAGCAUUAAUGAGGAAUUCAGUGACCUUGAUCAACAACCGGAGCAAGAUGUCAUAAAGCUAAACUCUACAUCUGAUGCAUGUGCUAAUGAUAGUCCAGAACAAGAAGGAAAUCCUAAUGCUCAUGGAAAUUGUCUAAGCAGCCCUAAAGUUACAUCUCCAGUUCCUCAGGUCUAUCAGGUCUACAGCCUUCACAAUGUGGAGCUCUCAGGAAACAACCAUAUCUCUUUCAUGAAAAAGGCAUCCAGAUCCCUCAAUGCUACGUACUCAAAUAAGGACUCUUCCUGUUCACCUACAAAAAAUUUACCAGACUUAAUGGGCAGCACCACUUUGACAAAACCACAGAAUUAUAUGUAUCACAAUGGAAACAUAAGCAGACAUUCUGAGAAUCAGUGCAAAAUAGUUCAAGGAGGUGAAGAAGAAGUGAUCAGCAAUUCUGAAUUUCAUUUGCUAAGUGAUACUGAUGGAACUCAGGAUAAUUCAGUAAUUAAUAUUUCAGAAUCACAGUUAGGGAAUAUAGUUGAUACAAUAAAACAAAAUUUUAAACAGGAGGAUGAGGAAAGCCAUAUUGACCUUCUAAACACUUCUCAGUCAAUUGCCAGUGACAAGGCUAGAGAUCUGGACAGUAUUAUUCAACAUGGCCCUGAGUGUUCAGAAGAAGGAUUACAAGGAAAACAUAGUGUAUUUACAUUUUAUGACUAUUCAUAUCUUCAGGGUUCCAAAUUCAAGCUGCCAAUGAUAAUGAAACAACCAAGCUCAGAAAAAGCACACAAACAGGACAGCUUACUUCAUGGCUUUUAUUUUGAUAAAGUUCCCUUUAAAUCUGAACCUGUUGAGUUAAAACCCCAUGCACCUACCCAUGACUUUACUUCAACAGACUUGGACAAUUCAGAUCCCAAACUCUGUGAGUUAGUGGAGGAUUUGAAGAAACUAAGUGACACAACAAAUGCAAAACUGUUUUCAACUUUAUCUCAUAGCUCUUCUUUAGACUCCCUUUCAGUGGCAAGUGAUUUGUUUGGCUCGAGUGUUUUCAGAACUGGAGAUGGUCUUCAUCGUAGUACUUCCUUGGAGAGUUGGUUAACCCCAUACAAAAGCAAUGAAGACCUUUUUAGUUGCAAUGGUUCUGGAGACGUAAGUGGAAGCAGUGAUUCUGUUGGGGAACUUAGUAAAAGGACAUUAGAUCUUUUGAAUCGUCUAGAAAAUAUCCAGAGUCCUUUAGAUCAAAAGAUAAAGCGUAGCAUAUCUGAUAUCACACUGCAAAGUACUUCUCAAAGAAUGUCCUUGACUGGCCAGUUGUCACUGGAUAUAGCAUCCUCUAUCAAUGAAGAUUCACCUGCUUCUUUAACUGAGCUAAGCAGCAGUGAUGACUUGUCAUUGUGCUCUGAAGAUAUUGUAUUGCACAGAAAUAAAGUACCAGAUUCAAAUGCAUCAUUCAGAAAACACCUCAAUCGGUCGGUAGCUGAUGAGAGCGAUGUCAACGUUAGUAUGAUUGUUAAUGUUUCUUGUACCUCCGCUUGCACUGAUGAUGAAGAUGAUAGUGAUUUGCUAUCAAGUUCUACCCUCACCCUGACUGAGGAAGAGCUGGGCAUUAAAGAUGAAGAUGAUGAUUCCAGUAUUGCAACUGAUGAGGAUAUUUAUGAAGACUGCAAUUUAAUUUCAGGACUUGACUACAUAAAGAAUGAGCUCCACACUUGGAUCAGACCAAAAUUUGAUCUGACAAAGGAGAAGAAAAGGUGUAACCUGGAUGAUGAAAUCCAGUGCUGUAAGAAUGUAACAAGUAAUGAGAUUUCAAAAGCAAAAGAUUCUUUGAGCAUUGAAACAUUUUUGAAUGAUUCUAUACUUAAGCUUUCAGAAAAUAAUGGCAACAGUAAGAACACAUCAGCUAGUCAAGAAGCAGGGACAAAAAAACAAAUUAAAAAUGAUUGUUUUCAGGUUUCCAAGGAUCAUUUAGUAGAUGAUGUGGAGAAUGGGAAUGUUGCAAAUACUCAAGAAAGUCUAAAAGAUGAACUUCUUAGAAUUACAACUGCUGCCAUGAAUGUUAGCACACUUGAUGGUAUAGGAAGUGAAAAUGAAUGUUGUAUCUGUGAACCAUUUACUGAUAGUUCAGAUGAUUCACAUAUGGACAUUAAGGAGACUUUUCAACUGUCAAAUGUAUCAUGCUCUCCAAAAGAGUACCAAAAACAUCUUCAGUUUGAUGGCCAUUGUAUUAAAAAGCUGCCUACAGAAUUUGCUUCAAAUAUGAAAAAAACAGAUACACCAGAUAUGGCUUCAGUAGCAUCAAUGCUGAAUGGUCAAAGCAGAACUGGAAUUAACGAAGAUGGUAGUGAUUGUUUUGCAGCUUUAAAAUCAAAUGAAGCAGGAAAAAAUGCAUCAGCUGGCAGUAGUUAUUCAUGUUGUAAUUGUGACUCUGUUGCUUUUGAUAAAAGAAAUGGGGAAGAUUGCUCAGUACACAAUUUUGUGAUGGAGAUAAUUGACAUGGCCUCAACAGCCUUGAAGAACAAGUCACAGCCUGAAAGCGAGCCAGCUGCGCCACAUUCAUUAGCCCAGAUUCGGGAAAAGGUGCUAGAACAUUCUCAUCGGCCAAUCCAACUUAGGAAGGGAGAUUUUUAUUCUUACCUCUCACUUUCUUCUCAUGAUAGUGACUGUGGAGAGGUAACUAAAUAUGUUGAAGAGAAGAGCAGUACUCCAGUACCACUGGACUUUGCAGAUGACAGGGAAAAUAUUGAAUGCUUUUUUGAAGCCUGUCCUGAAGAAGAGCGGGUUGAACAGCAAAUGUAUGUUGCUAACAGUAUACCUGAGGUACCUCUGAUGAACUAUGAAGGACUGGAUUUAAUAGUUGAACCUAAAACAUCUGCUGAAUGUAGUAGCUUUUCUUUCCUAAAUGAAGAGAUGGACAUAAAUGUGCCUGGCUCUCUUAGCCAGAUGGUAUCAGAUAAUUUUAAAAAUGUCACUAGUGAAUCAUUGAAUUUGGACACCCCUACUGAAGGUUCAGUCUUGAAUUCUUUCCCAAAUAGCUCUAAAGAAAAUAAUCUAGAAGAAUCACACGGGAUUCCAAAGGCUGAAGAAGAAUUUGCUUUGUCUGUAAAAGCCCCAGUUGAAUCCCUUCAAGUAAAGCCCAAUCACGUGAAAGAAAAUGAUGUUUUGCACCAGGACACUAAAACUCUUAUAUGUGAAGAAAAGCUUCUGCAUCUUCACCAAGAAAGGCACAUAAAUACACACAGGUAGAAUGUAUUCAUCCCUGGACACACAACGUUAUUUCAUAAACAGAAACUUGGCUGCAUUUCAGGUGCAAGCUCAUCCUCUAAACCCUGGGAUGACCUCUAAUUCCAUUGUAUCACUGCCUUUUGUUACACUUGACUCCCAAGAUAAAUUUUCUUUCCAAAUGUGAUUUGUCCAUGUUGGCUUUGUGACCAGAAUGCAUAUGCUGGUCCUAUUUUAAUGAUUAUUUUGUUUUGUAGCAAAACCAUUUGCUUUCAUAUGGAUUUCUCUCCCAAGCUACCUCUUAACAACCUACCCUUCCAAAUUUGUAUGCCUUGGUAUGACUUUUCACCUAUUAGAGUUGGGGAUUUCUUUUUUUUAUGAUUUCGCAAUUCCACAGAAUAUAUUAUCAUACUGGAUCACCAUUUCAGAAAUGUGUAUGUCAUUAAUUCUCCUAUGUUAUGUAACAAAUUUGAUAUUUUAUGUGUAUAAUGCAUAUUGUUUAUUGAAAGUAUUUUAUGUUUAGAAGGAAAGUUUUAUUUGACUGCAGCAACAGGAAAAAGACCUUAGUAUUCCUACUCAAGACAUCUGAAGUUAUACAAAAUAAAUACAAAUUUAUCCUCUUGUUUUAAAAUUGUAAUCUAUGCAACACUUCAAGAAACAGCUACAUAGUGUUGUAUAUUAAGAACUGUUAACAUUUUACUGAAUUAAGUACAAUAUUUUGGUUUUCUACUACACUUCUUGAGGUGGUAAUCAGAAAAAACCCCACAUUUUUAAAAAUUGUGCCUUGCUGUAUUUCUUAUACCAUUUAUUAAAAAGCUGCUUUCACAGUAAAAUUAUGUUGGUUUGAAGGAAGGAAAUAGCAAGGUGUGAAUAAUUUCUGUACAUAUGUAUAACCAAGUGCAAACAUUGAUGUAUAAUGAUAGUAUACAAUGCUUUAAUGUUUGUGAUGCCCAGUGGUGUGGAAAACAUAAGCCUUAAAGCCACUAGAUUGCAUGAUAAUUAGAACUGGCAUAAUAAAUGUAGUUUACUGGGGAAAAUUCAGAA